AUGGCAAGCCUACGAAAAACUCACCCGCUCAUCAAAAUUGUAAAUGAAGCACUAAUUGACCUACCAACACCAUCUAGCAUCUCCUCAUGAUGAAACUUCGGAUCCCUACUAGGCCUGUGUUUAAUUACCCAAAUCCUAACCGGCUUAUUCUUAGCCAUACACUACACAUCAGACAUCUCAACCGCAUUUUCAUCAGUAACACACAUUUGCCGAGAUGUAAACUUUGGAUGAUUAAUUCGAAAUAUUCAUGCCAACGGCGCAUCAUUCUUCUUUAUCUGUAUCUACAUACAUAUCGCCCGAGGCUUAUACUACGGCUCUUACCUUUAUAAAGAAACAUGAAACAUCGGUGUAGUACUUCUCCUAUUAGUAAUAAUGACAGCCUUUGUAGGAUAUGUUCUCCCAUGAGGACAAAUAUCAUUCUGAGGGGCCACAGUAAUUACCAACCUAUUAUCCGCUGUUCCAUAUGUAGGAAACAUGCUAGUUCAAUGAAUUUGAGGCGGGUUUUCAGUAGAUAAUGCAACUUUAACACGAUUCUUUGCCUUCCACUUCCUCCUACCAUUUAUUAUCGCCGCCAUAACCAUCCUACAUCUUCUUUUCCUUCACGAAACAGGAUCAAAUAACCCAAUUGGACUAAACUCAAACGCAGACAAAAUUCCAUUCCACCCAUACUUCACUUACAAAGACCUCCUAGGGUUCGUAAUUUUAAUUACAGCCCUAGCAUUACUAGCACUCUUCUCCCCAAACCUCUUAGGAGACCCAGAAAACUUCACCCCAGCUAACCCAUUAGUUACCCCACCACACAUUAAACCAGAAUGAUACUUCCUAUUCGCCUACGCUAUCUUACGAUCUAUUCCUAACAAACUUGGCGGAGUAUUAGCCCUGCUAUUUUCAAUUCUUGUACUAAUGCUUGUACCAAUGCUACACACCUCAAAACAACGAGGCAUAACAUUCCGACCUCUCACCCAACUCCUAUUCUGAACCUUAGUAGCAGACAUAGCUAUCCUAACAUGAAUCGGCGGAAUACCAGUAGAACACCCAUUUAUUAUUAUUGGACAAAUCGCAUCCGUCCUGUACUUCGCACUCUUCCUCAUCCUUAUCCCACUAGCCGGAUGAUGAGAAAAUAAAACACUAGGUUAA